AUGAAAGUAUUUGCUGAAGGCCCUUGGAGUCGCCCCUCCAAAAUCAUACUCGGGAUUGACAUUGGGACCACCCAGAGCGCUGUUGCGUUCGCGUAUCUCUACCCUGGUUUGUCGCGUGUAUCUUCAUCCCCUGUGAUGGAAUGGCCUGGCCAGGAGUCUCAAAAGGGAGAGAGCAAAAUCCCCACCCUCGUUUAUUACGACUCGAAUAACAAGCCGGUGUCUUUUGGGGCAGCAGCUUUGAAGCCCGAAAUUGCGGAAAAGGCCGAGGACGAACACUGGAAACUCGCCCGCCACUUCAAAUUACAUCUUCAUCCGGAGGCCAUGAAGAAUAAGCAUAAUCUGCAUGCCCAGCCCCUACCUGCUGGCGUUUCGCUCCUCACCAUUUACACUGACUUUAUGGUCUACCUUAUGCAACACACGAAGAGUUAUUUUGAAUCUCGGAUUAUUGAUGGGCAGAAAGUUUGGGAAGAGCACCAUAAAGAUAUGACCAUCGCGGCUAUCGCGGCCAAUUACGUUCCAUCCUCCAAGGCCAUCUCACAGGUUCGAUUUAUCCGAGUCAUUGAUUCAACGAUGGUUGUAGCCCGACACGACUUUAUCGUUUGCGAUGCUGGAGGUUCGACAAUUGAUACCACUGCGUACUGUGUCAAGACAGCGUCACCCCUGUUGGAGCUUGAGGAGAAAAAGGCUUCGGCAUGCGUGCAAGCAGGAGGCGUAUUCGUUGAUGGCGAAUUCGAGCAAUACUUGACUCGGAUUCUGAACAGAAUUGACAUAGACGAAGAAGAGCGAGGCGAUUAUAUCCGAACAGCGGUCAAACAUUUUGAGUCGGUUGCGAAGAAAGAGUUCCACGACGUGGGGGAACAGUACCGAGUUGACUUGGGUUCGGGGAAAAAGUUCGUACACAAAGAGUUCGGGAUCAACAGAGGUGUUAUUUCACUGGAAGGGAACAAAGUUGAAAGCUUUUUUGAGAAGUGCGUAACGCAAACAAUCGAGAGCGUCCGUCAACAAAUGUCAGAACUCGAUUGCAAGCACAUUCUCGUCGUAGGAGGAUUUGGCGAAAGUCUAUAUCUACGCAAGGAGCUUACCGAUGCGUUUGGAAACAGCGGAUGCACAGUCAAUAUCGCGAACGACUCAACGGCCAAGGCUGUCGCAGACGGGGCUGUUAUCUGGUGUGGCAAGCUUAGUGUUGUCAGCCGCGCAACUCGUAUGCCGUUCGGUGUUGAGAUCAACGACCCGUACAACGCGAGAGAACCUAAUCACGCCGGACGUCCUGUUCACCGUCAUGAUGCUGGCUAUGACUACGUCACCGGGAAAUGGUCGCAGAUCGUUGGACGGGGCGUUGUCAUGAACGCGGAUGGUGCCAUGCGCGAAUCGUAUUGGCGUUCCUACAAGACCCCCAACCCCCGCCUGGCCAACUUCAAGGUCACCAUGUUUGCCUACACUGCUGAUGGAACGCCGAACGCCUGGUUGCGCGAUCCUCAAGGCAACAUGAAUCGGGGCUUUGAACAGAUCUGCGAAGUCGAGGCAGAUCUUAGCGGGAUGCGCCAGGCUUUGAAGCGCAAGACCGGUCGUGAUGGCGAGUACUAUUACCUAGACUUUACCAUGGCGCUUCAGUUUGGUGGCACUGAAAUCCAGGCGUUUGUGGAAUGGGAGCAAGAUGGUGAAACCCGUACUGGACCAGCUUCAAUUUUACCGAGCGCUUUGACAAGUGCGCAACUUUGA